UGUAUUUUGAUUUUCAUGAAGUUCUUAUUCGUUACGUUAUAAUGCAAAACGUUCAAAAUGCAAGUAUUGUAGAUGUGGAAGAUGAUUGCUAUGUAAUUGAAUUAGAAGAUGGAACAAAAUAUAAACUGCCGCCGGCAUGCGGUAAAUACACAAACAUUGAUGAUAAUGCACUUGUUGCGGUUGAUGAAAACCAAUUCCUACGUUUAAAAAUUCCGGAACCUUCAGAGACCAUGACAAACCCUUUGCCUUCGGCAAGUACAUCCGUAGAAGAUGUUAUUUGGAAAUCAGCUCGUAAUCAAACUCAAGCUGACAUAAAUGCGAUUAUAACCUUUUUAACACUGAGAAGUAGUGAUAAAUAUGACCGUUUAUUUAAUGAUAAAAAAACUGUCAAGUUAAAAGUUUGGCAAAUGCUAGCUGAAGCUAUGAAUCAAGAGGGAUUCCAUGUUGGUAAUGGCAAAGAAGCAGCUGAACGUUGCCGACAAAAAUAUCAUAACCUAAUGAAAUCUUAUUUACAAUUAACAAAAAAUAGUAAAACUGGCACCGAAGGUGGAAAGCCACUACCUCCAUAUUUUGAUUUAAUGCACAAGUUGUAUGGCACAAAACACAGUGUUAAUCCGACAUACACUGUAGACUCAUUGACUGGUGAACAGGAAAACGAAAAUAACAGUGAAGAGAAUAUUGAAAUACAAGAAGAAACAAAAUCUGGUCCUUCCACCCCUUCCACAAGUGGGACUUCAACACCCACUGCCCGUCCAUCUAAACUAAAGCCUAAAAGUAAUUCAGAUAGAAUUCUGUCAUCAAUAGAAGCAUUGCACAAACAACAGCAAGAAAGCAACCAACGUAAUUUCGAAUCUAUCGAAAAUUUAUUGAAGGAACAAAAUCAAUACAAGAAAGAAUUUCUAUCAUUAUUCAAGAAAAUAGUUGAAGGGAAAAAGAAAAGAAAACGUGAAUCGUCUGAAUCAGAUUAAAAUCAAUGCCUUA